UAUUAAGGCUCUGGUUUUGACAAGUCGCGGAGCUGUGACGCCAUCACCAAGAGACCAUACUAAAAGUAGAUGAAGCUUCAUACAUACUGCUAGCACGUUGAAGAAACCAGCAGGCUAACAAUAUGGACUUGCUCUAUGGUCCAGUGGGCCUGGGAGUAGUCGCAGGACUGGGCUGUGGGCUCCUCCUCGGUUGGCACCUUCGAGCUCGCCUCGCCCCGAUGACCAAAAGCGUGACGGCAGCGGUGGGGAACGGCGCGGGUGAAGCAAGCGUGAUGGGAGAAGGAGGCGAGUUCAAGAUGAUACUCGUGGUCCGAAAUGACCUGAAGAUGGGUAAAGGGAAGGUGGCUGCUCAGUGCUCUCAUGCGGCUGUAUCGGCUUACAAACAGGUUCAGCGCAGGAACCCUGAGCUCCUCAAACAGUGGGAGUACUGCGGCCAGCCCAAGGUGGUGGUGAAGGCCCCUGAUGAGGACACCCUGAUUGAUCUGCUGAGUCAUGCCAAAGAAGUGGGACUUCCCGUCAGCCUGAUUCAGGAUGCAGGAAGGACACAAAUUGCGCCUGGAUCACGCACCGUGCUGGGUAUCGGUCCAGGCCCAGCUGAUCUCGUUGAUAAAGUCACUGGAGACUUGAAGCUCUACUAGAGUUCCAGCCUGCAUCUGUUGGACUUGUAUACAGUCUCUUAUAUAAAUAUUGCAAUGUAAACUAAGUUGGGCUACAUUGAGUUUAUAUUUUUAUACAACAAUUGACUCAAUUACAUGUUUACUACUUGAAUAUUUUUUGGUGCAUUUUUUUGCCUAUCACAUUUGUUGCAGGAAUAACAGCUAAUACAAUAACAAUAUGUAUGCCUUUACUGUGAUACUUCUGUGACAAUGACAAAAAUACACCACACACUGUUGAUGUUCAGUGUUCUGAACACAAUUCUGCUAAACCUGUCUGAAGACAUGAUGCACAGAGGAAAUGGAUGAAAAUGAUUGUUUAUCUUAUUACAAUCCCAGUACAAUAAAAUACCUUUUCACUGCAUACAUG